AUGUUGGUGUGUUACGACAAGAUUCUCCACUCUCCCAUGUACUACUUUCUUACCCAACUCUCCACAUCUGACCUCAUUUUGACCACAGUUAUUGUUCCUAAUCUUCUUCAAGUCAUCUUGAUUGACAGAAGCACCAUGUCCUUAAUAGGAUGUAUCACCCAAUUUUCUAUAUUUGGUCUUUCUGAAAGUCUAGAGUGUUUUAUUUUGACAGUGAUGUGUUAUGAUCGAUAUCUGGCAAUCUGUAACCCUCUACAUUAUAACUCUAUAAUGAGCUCUUUAUUCUGCAUGAAGCUGAUUAUUGUGUCUUGGAUAGGUAGUUGUAUUGCUAUAUUAAUUCAUACAUCACAAAUAUGCCAACUGGACUUCUGUGGACCAAACAUCAUAGACCAUUUCUUUUGUGAUUAUGAUCCACUUCUUGAACUUUCCUGCUCCAGUGUUUUCACAAUUCGAUUGAUUACUAGUAUUUUAAGUAUUCCUGUUGCUUUAUGUUCUUUUACAGUUAUUGUUCUAUCCUACCUCUAUAUCAUUUAUACUAUUGUUAGAAUGAAAUCAAUUGUUGGACGGGAGAAAGCUUUCUCAACCUGCAGUUCCCAUUUUGUGGUGGUAUCUAUAUUCUAUGGUACACUUAAUGCUAUGUAUCUUAUGCCAACCUAA